GGAGACGGGAGAUUUGUAUAAAUAUCGGUGUGCCGCGCUGUCAUCUAAACUGGUGUGGGAGCGCGCAGACUGCCGUCCGUCAGCCGCGCUUUUCCCGUGGAGGUGACAGCGAUUCGUUCACGCUACAGGUGGCGCCUUAAAAUUCCGGACCAAAGUGAACCACCGGCAGUGCUGGAAAAUGAAGAUCUGUGUUGCUUUUCUCAUGGUAGCUGUCCUUCACAUCACUCACGCGGUUUGUCCAGAUAAGAUGCCUGGUCUUCAACCCUGGACUCCCGGUCACAAUGAAGCUCAUCGAGUUACUAUCGGUUACGGUCGCAAAGUUAUCCUCACCUCCUCUGCGACGGUCCAUUCCAUCGAGAUCCUCAACGGAGGGAAGCUUGUGAUAGCCGAUACCACCCGACCCAUUUUGCUGCGAGCGAAGCACAUCCUCAUCGGAAACAAGGGCGAACUUCACAUAGGCAGUCCAGAUUGUCUUUACAAAGGCAACCUCACCAUUUCUCUCUUUGGCAGGUCUGAUGACGACGAUGAUGAACAUAGUUAUUUUGGACGAAAGUACAUCGGCGUCGGAACUAGAGGAUCGUUAGAAAUCCACGGGCAAAAGAAGCUGUCGUGGACGUUUCUGAACAAAACACUUCAUCCUGGGCAAGGCAACGAGAAGAGUUACCACUUUGAGAGGAGCUGGGGCAACAGAGGGAUCAUCAUUCACAUCAUCAAUGCCCAAACUGGAGAGGUGCUCCAUUCUGAUAGGUUUGACACGUACAGGAGCAAGGACGAGAGCAGACGGCUGGCCCAGUAUGUAGAUGAUGUGGAAACUGGACAGAUCUUGGCCAUGGUGGUUAAUGAUGAAGGGUCCAACAACCUGGAGGAUUCGGCUAAAAAGGCUCUCACCAAGCUGGGGAGCCGGCACUUCCAUCGCCUUGGUUUCAGGCACCCGUGGAGUUUUAUCACGGUGAAGGGGGACGCAACAUCAUCGAUGGAGGAUCACGCUGUCUAUCAGGGAACCAAGGCUUCUUCUGAAGCGAGGAGCUCUCGAGUGUUUCAGUCGGGUUACGGAGAACAUUUCACCAUCACAACCCUCAGUCAAUGGGUGCAAGAGGCGGAGUGGACCGAAUGGUUUGACCGUGAUGAUGAGAGAGGGUCAGGUGACUGGGAAAAACUCUCCGAACUUCACAAAGCUUUUCCGGAGCGUCUGUGCAGUAAUCCCUUGGAUAUUGAGGCUGAAACUCUUGACGGCAUCCCUUCCAACAACACAGGCGAAAUCUUCUCCAAGUUUGACAAAAACUACGGCUUUGUGUGCCUCAACAAAGACCAGGUGGAUGGGAUUUGCCACAACUACCGCGUGCGCUUUCUGUGCGGCAAGCUCGUGCGGCCGCAGGCCUCCAUCACCAUAGACACGUUGUCUAACUGCAGUAUUUUGGAGCUGGCGGAUGAACCCCACGGUUGGACAUCUGGUGACAGGAUCGUGGUGGCCAGUACGGAUUACUCCAUGCACCAGGUUGAGGAGUUCAGCGUGCUUCCUUGUGCCUCGUGCUCAAGAAACCAGAUCAAGGUAGAAGGUAAAGCAGCGUACCUUCACAUGGGAGAGGAGGUGGAUGGUGUGGACAUGCGUGCGGAGGUCGGCCUGUUGAGUCGAAACAUCCUGAUCAGAGGCGAGAUGGAGCCCACCUGUUAUGACAACGACGCCUGCAAAUUCUUUUCCUUUGACACGUUCGGUGGACAUUUCAAGAUGGAGCGAGGUUUCCGGUCGGUGCAUGUGCAGGGGGUGGAGUUUAUGCACAUGGGUCAGCAAUCUAUGGGUCACUAUUCCGUCCACUUCCAUAUGAAUGGAGAUGUGGACCAGAAGGGAGGCUAUGACCCGCCAACAUACGUGAAAGAUCUGUCCAUUCAUCACUCCUUCUCCCGAUGUGUCACUAUUCACGGCUCCAACGGGCUGCUGGUGAAGGACGUUGUGGGAUACGACUCUUUAGGGCACUGCUUUUUUACCGAGGACGGGCCAGAGGAGAGGAACACGUUUGAUCACUGUCUGGGUCUGUUGGUGAAGGCGAGCACUCUUCUGCCCUCCGACAGAGACAGCAAGAUGUGCCGAUACAUAACGGACGGAGCUUAUCCUGGAUACGUGGCUAAACCGCGGCAGGACUGCAGCGCCACCUCUACCUUCUGGAUAGCUAACCCCAAUAACAAUCUCAUCAACUGCUCCGCGGCCGGAUCCGAGGAAGCAGGAUUCUGGUUUAUUUUCCACCACGUCCCCACCGGGCCAUCAGAGGGCAUGUACUCCCCUGGCAAGACGGAGCACACACCCAUGGGGCUGUUCAUUAAUAACAGAGCUCAUUCCAAUUACAGGGCGGGGAUGAUCCUCGACAAUGGGGUGAAGACGACCGAGGCUAACGCGAAGGACAAGAGGCCGUACCUCUCCCUCAUAGGAGCCAGGUAUGGCCCGCACCAGGACGCAGACCCCUUUAAACCAAGAGUUGCCGCUCUAAUCCAUCAUUUUGUAGCGUAUAAAAACCAGGACCAUGGUGCUUGGCUGAGGGGAGGAGAUGUUUGGCUGGACGAUUGCCAGUUCGCCGAUAAUGGAAUAGGCCUCACUCUCGCCAGCGGCGGAACGUUCCCUGAUGAUGACGGCUCACGUCAGGAGGUGAAGAACUCGCUGUUUGUGGGCGAGAGCGGAAACAGAGGGAUGCCAGAUCUGGAUGAUCAAUCCUGGGGCACCGGGGGUCCCGAUCAUCUCGGCAGGUCCCUGCCCAGAGGAGUGGACUUCCCUAUUCGUGGGAUGCAAAUCUACGACGGGCCGAUCAACGUCCAGAACUGCACUUUCCGCAAAUUCGUGGCCCUGGACGGUCGGCACACGAGCGCUUUUGGUUUCCGCCUGAACAACUCGUGGCAGAGUUGCCCUAACAACAACGUCACCGACAUCACUUUUGAAGACGUCCCGAUCACCUCACGAGUUUUCUUUGGUGAGCCGGGCCCCUGGUUCAACAAGAUGGAGAUGGAUGGCGACAAGACAACCAUUUUCCACGACAUCGAUGGCUCGGUGAGCGAAUACCCCGGUGCUUUCCUCGUCAAAGAGGACAACUGGCUCCUGAGACACCCGGACUGUAUUGACAUCCCGGACUGGAGAGCUGCCAUCUGCAGCGGGCACUAUGCCCAGAUUUACGUCCAGACCCGGAACCCAGCCAACCUUAACAUGAAGAUGGUGAAAGAUGAGUAUCCAGACAAGCCUCUGGUGCUGGUGGGAGCUCUGGGGAAGAGGAAUCACUACCAGCAGUUUCAGCCUGUCGUCACUCUCGGGAAAGGAUACACCAUGCACUGGGACCAGGCGGCUCCUGCUGAGGUCACCAUAUGGCUCAUCAAUUUCAACAGAAAUGACUGGAUAAAUGUGGGCAUCUGCUACCCAAGAGGCACAGCGUUCACCAUCAUCUCAGACAUCCACAACCGCCUCACCAAAGAGACCCGGAAGACCGGCGUGUUCAUGAGAACCACUCAAGGAGAGAAGAUGGGCCACUCGCAUCAGACGAGAGGUUAUUACUACUGGGACGAGGACACUGGGCUUCUGUUCUUAAAAAUCAAAGCGCACAAUGAGAAGGAAGACUUUGCCUUCUGCUCGGUGAAGGGCUGCGAAAGAGUGAAGAUCAAAGCCGUCAUUCCCCCCGGCAGCGGCCCCAGUGACUGCAUGGAUGAAGCUUAUCCCAAAUACUCCGAGAUGCCCGUCGUAGAUGUGCCUAUGCCCAGAAAACUGCCCCGCUCAAGACUGCCCAAAACACCCGAGCACUUCCUGGAAAUCAAACUGGAGUCGUACAAUACUCGCUUUUUCCACAUCAAAGAAGACUUUGCUUAUGUUGAGGUCGAUGGCAAGAAGAUCUACCAAUCAGAGGACGGUGUGCAUCUGACUGUGAUUGACGGUCACAGUGGGCAAAUUCUGGAGUCUAAAGGCUUCAGGAACUCCAUAUUGAUGGGAAUCCCAGCUCAGUUAGAGAACUACAUCGCGAACCUCAAAGACGAGUCAGUGAUUUUGAUCACUUCUAAAGGAAAACUGGUCACCAGGGGGCCGUGGACCAAAGUUCUCCAGACCAUCGGAGCAGACCAGUCGGUAAAGUUGAAAGACAAGCUAGCUUUUGUUGGCUUCAAAGGCUCCUUCCGGCCGGACUGGGUGAAGAUGACCGUGGACGAAGAGCGCGUCAAACUCCACCAAGUGUUGCCCAUCCCCGUCGUCAAGACAGCGAAGCUUUGAAAACAAGCGACGCAGCCCAGAAAAACUCAGACUCUUAGUAGCACCACUGUCGGGCGAGCCGCCUGCACACGCCCACCGGACCCGAACGACCAAUCAGAAACGAGCAUGUGUUUAUGUUACCUUACAACCCCUCCCAGCAGAUUCCAUCGUAUGUGACGACGUGGACGUUAAGUGACGUUUGGAUCGUGUUGUCUAUUGUUUAUACUUGAGUUUUCCAGAAGAAAAAGUGAACAACAAUCACGUAACAUUCCUCGUUCUUGUCCCUCUCUGUGAUGUUUGCCAUACUGUUCUUCUGAGAAACAUGUGUUUUUCUAAAAAUGUAGAGAAGAGGUUUCAGAUUGUAAAUGUUGUGAGUCUUUUUCUUCUGUUAAUUUUUCUCGUCACGCACAAGAGUGUCCGCUCGGUUUUGUUUGUAUUGUACGAGAGAGCCAGCAACAAAAAAGUCUUAAAAUGUAAAAACAUGGUGAUGAUCUGUGAGAAAUUGGCAAGACGUACGACAAUGUCCCUUUGCCGAAAUAGCUGGUCUUUUUUCGGGGAUCGUAAUUUGUUAGUGUUUUGUAUGUUUUGUGUGUUUCUAAAAAAGACCUGAUUGAUAACAGAGAUAUAUUUUAUACUUAUUUAUUGUACAUGCACUAUUACACAAAUCAAAAAGGGACUUCUGAGUUGUAAUGUAUUUCUGUCCUAUCUGUAAAAGCAAAAAUGUAAGUUUCACUUUCUGUGUAUAAAUCAAAUAUACAUGACAUUACCUUUAAGUUGUAUAUGGGUGUGAUGUAAAUGUAACUGAUUUCAAAGUAAAGCAAAUGUAUGACUUUAGAUAAAGAGCUAUGAACACUUUUGUACAGGAAUAAAUGAAUACAUCUUUUUUCCUCA